CGCAGCACCUAGUACCUGGUACUACUGCGGCAGCGCCACCUCUGCGUGGCUUUAGAAGGUUCAACCGCAGAGAGGGGAAAAGAAGGGUGCUAUGAUCCAUACAAGAUGCCUGGGAGGAGUGCUCCUUGUUUGCAGUGCCGUUAACGGCAGAGCUUUUCUGUUGAACUCUUCUGCAAGACACGUCACCUCGAGCGUGCAGCACCAGCGCGAUGCAAGGACAACAGCAGCUGCUUUAGUAGAACGCACAAGCAGGUGCCGCUCUCGAGUGCCGUCGCGGGUCUUGGCAAGAGACGGCGAUAGCAGCGAAGCUGUGCUCGCUUCCGAAGACGUACGGUACAGCGCAGGGAAAGCUGUUGUUGGAGCAGCAGCAACAGCAGCAGCCGCUGCUGUAGCGAUUGUGUCACAUCCAGGAGCUGCUGGUGCAGCAGCCGAUGUGUUAGCAGUGGGAGCAGAAGUGGGAGCGGGAGCGGGGCUCCAGAUUUCCGCGACAAUAUCCCAUGUGUUGGCGGAUCCGGCAAGCGCUCUCGCCGCCAACCCGGAAUGGACGCGGUAUGCUUUCAUGUUUCCGGUGGGCAUCUUAGUUGCGACGUGCGCCCAAACGGCCGGGAUCGGUGGCGCAGCUCUUACGGCCCCGGUGUUUCUGUUGGGUUUCCCGCUUUUGGGCCCAGAUUAUCCCCUGCACUCGGUGGCGGCAAGCGUGGCGACCGCGAUACUGUGUGAAGCGUUCGGGUUUUCGUCAGGUUUGCUGGGCUACUUUCGGCGAGGCCUUAUCGACCCAGGUUCCGCCCUGCCUUUCAUCCUGGCGUCCAUCCCGUCGUGCCUCCUGGGGGCUCUGGUCGUACCAUACGCCGACGAGCGAGUGCUCAAGGCCAUCUAUGCCGUGUUCAUGCUGGGGCUGAGCGCCUACCUGUUGCUGGAUGAGCAAGGGUGAAAAACCUAACCGAGCAAGUGGGGCGUUGUGCCUGCUUGUCUGAGUCCUUAGUCCCGGAGGAGUGCUCCGUGGAGGAACUGGAGAGCGGAGACAUGAAGGCGAUUUGCACGUCGGAGGGUACGGAGUACAUUUACAGGGUGAGCGACGUAGCUGUUGUCGUUCUAGCGUAGGUAUGGGUGGGGCAUGGAGUUAUGUUGUUUGAGGAGCAGGUAGGCACAACGAUGGGCGGAGAGGAAGGAGGAUAAGAACGUCGUGAAGGGCGGGUCGAUGUUGAGGACUACCGUAUGCCAUGGUUUGUGUCUUGGUGCCGUGGAACAAGCAGCAGGCAUCACUUUGCCGAGCGCUUGCAUUUCAAUUCACCGUACCGCACAACUAGCUUGCGAGAGUCCGGCACUCGAGUAGUCUACAGACGUGGACGAAGCCCCCAUCAAAAGAGAGACUUUCCCCCCCUUAAAUAUAUAUAUAUAUAUAUCCGGUGCGCCGCCGAAACCUCGAGAUCGCCCCGGGGGGCUAUGUUUCGCUCGUGUUUCCUUUCCCCCCGGGGGAGGAGGUCACGGAACUGCUGUGUGUUCCCGCAGCCUGUCUGUUGUCGGUUGUUGUUGUUGCUGGUAUUGAGUGUUCUCAAUAUUUAGCUGUGUAGUAUGAAACUCCAAGUGAAGUUUCCACAGGCAAGCUGGUGCGCAAUCUGUUGCUUUCGUGCAUCCGCGUAGGCUCGCUGUUGCGCGCUUUCUCGUUGCCUGACAUUGUGGCCCGCAGUGUGUGGACCACCGUAGGCUAUUUAAUGUAUGUGUUAACCACAUAGAACACCUCCGGAAGUUUUUCCUCCGGAUUUAUUUUUUUUCGUGGAAAGAUGGGAAGAUCCCCCCAAUACCUUUGAAUAUUUAAUAUUUACACAGUGCGUUUAACUGUCCCUGGAAGUGAAAGCACCAGAAAAUAAAUUAAGUCACACGCAGCUGUCAUCCGUACGCAAGGGAGUAAGCACAAGAUGCCGAACACCCUCAGCAGGAUGCAGCGCACCCUUCAUGCGACUCGCCGAAUACGUCACGGCGCUCCGCUUGCUGAUGUGAGAGCCUGGUCCGGUGAGAACCUGGCGUGCUCCGUCCCGGCUUUGUAGGGAUGCGAGGUCAAUGGCCUAAAUAAAACAGCAAAAAUAAAACUCACUUUCGCGGGAAAUCAACUCGCGAAUUAUCCCUUGGAAGGGAUGGACGAUACAUUUACAUGGAUCGAAAUCUAUCUACAUCAACAUGGAGCAGCAUUUCCUGAACGUGUUUGGAGGACACGAUCAAAUACUGGGCCUGUGGACUGUUUCUUGCGGAUUAGGGUUGUCAAGAGGAUAAGGAGGCAAACGGUGUGUACUUACUCUUUGAAGCAUGAAAUUUGCAAGGGUAAGCACCGCUCAGCAAUAAUAUGACCUUGAGGGUCUUGACUUCCACUGCCUGUACCCUUCGGCCCAGGUUAUGGGGCCGAUGACACAAGUGUCCUGUUGUUGGCUGGGUAGUAGAAUGGUAUCCUGUCGUGGGGACGCUCAAUGGUUGUCAGCGGUCUCGUCCUGUGCAUGGUGUGCAACGACGAAACCCGCCGCAUCUGCGCUAUCGCGGCCAGUACAUCCGCUCGCGGGUAUCAUUUUACGCAAACGGUGAUUGGAGGAGGAAAUACAUAUAGAGAGAGAGGGA